CAGCAAAAUGAUACGCAUACCAGGAAUGCCGCUGCUACCAGGGACCACUUUUCGGGAUAUCACCAAAACAAAAUAUCCCAAACCGCAAUCGUUGAUGAACUACAAGGGCAUUAGUAUGCUAAAUGAUCGCAAACCCCCUGGCUUGGUAGACCCCAGUGGCAUGAUAGUUGACCCCAAUUGCCCCCCGGCACAAAUACCCUCCGUUUAUCCACCAAAAGUUGGUCCCAAAUUACCACCCUGGUUGGCAUAUGAUAAACAGGUCCUCUGUUUCAAUGCCUAUUUUAAAGAGACCCUUCAGGAGGUCUAUCAUGCACCCUAUCAAGUGCGGAAAGUUAAAAUAUUCUAUUAUCUAGAAGAUGGUACAAUGCAAAUUGUUGAACCGAAGGUGCUCAAUUCCGGUAUACCACAAGGUUGUAUGGUACAUCGUCAGCGCAUACCCAAGCCACCACCCUGUCAAACGGAAUUUAUAUCGAUAUUAGAUUUGAAUGUUAAUACUACAGUGCAGAUAUUCGAUAGGGUAUAUCAUAUAACAAGUUGUGAUAAAUUUACCAGGCAUUUUUUGAAUAAAUCGGGUAUUCCAGUGCCCGAUCCCGUUGAUGAACCGGUUGAUCCCACCACGGAGAUACGUAAGAGAUCUGCCAUAAAGGUCACCAAUCCCGUUCCGAAGAAACAUUCAUUUGCCCAAUUCUUGGAAUAUGAUCGCAUGGUUUUGAAAUUCCAAGGUUAUUGGGAUGACCGUUCUGAAUUUGGUGAUGUCCGCAAAUUGGAAAUUUGUUAUUAUUUAUCCGAUGAUACAAUUGAUAUUAAGGAACAUUUCCCUAGGAAUUCGGGUAGAGAAGGUCCGACGACAUUUUUGAAGAGAUGUAAAUUGCCGAGAGAAUUCUCCGGCCUCCCCUUACCCGGCGAGCAAACACCUCAAAGUCUUCUAAACGUGCUGGGUACAAAUAUGCGUAAUGUGCGCUAUGUUAUGGAUCCGCUGGAUGUGGGACGUAAAGAGAUACUGUACUACACCGAUAAAGAUUUACAAAUUGGCACGGUUUUAAAUGUCUAUGGAAGGGCAGUGGUGCUGACCGAUUGUGAUGAGUUCACUAAAGGCUACUAUAGGAAAAAGUAUGGCAUUGAAGAUUUCACACCCACGCCGGUACCCUCUCGAGCCGACGAUUCCUUACCAGCCAGACGCCGUGAACGCAUUCUCCCACCCUAUAACGGUUGGGGUUCCUAUGAAGAUUCCGAGGGCAAUUGCAUAUCCGUCGAACCUAAACCUCCGCAGGCAGAUUUUAAGAAAUUCAUACAACUUGAUCGUUAUGUUCUGCGCUUCGGUGCAAAACUUCUCUCAACCAUCAAAGAAAAUUGUGAACGAAUGUUUAUUAUUUCCUACUAUUUAUCUGAUGAUACAAUUCAGAUAUUUGAGGUGGCUUCUAGGAAUUCUGGCUUCCUUGGUGGUGAAUUUAUGAAACGUACACGCAUUCCACUGCCAGGGCAAGCGAAAUUUACAUCACGUAGGCCUCAAUAUUAUAGACCAUACAAUUUUUAUAUUGGCGCUACGGUUAGUUUGAAGGAUCAUAUCUUUCAUGUGGUUUCAGCGGAUGAGUAUACCCUUAUUUAUAUGGAACAUCAUCCGGAUGAGUUCCCCCUUGCCGACAUCCAACGUAUCAUGGACAAAGUACGUGAAGUUUUGCGCAACAAUUACAAAGAUUUCGUUUGCAAAUGUCUGCCGGAUAAUCAAGCCGAUGCCAAGGAAAUUUCUACUAUUGGCUAUGAGACCCUGAAGCAGGCUCUAAUUUCCGCACUCGGAGAUAACAUAACCAAUCAUGAAAUAAUUACCCUUUGUCGCUACUUCUCCGCCGAGCAGGCACCUCCCAUUACCUGUAAUCGUGAGACGGUACGUGCAGCAGUCCAUUUGGAAUUGAAACGCAAUCUUUGGAAUGCCAUCGAUGAAAUGAAAGAAUAUCUCUUUCAUUUAAAUCCAUUACAUAAACCUUAUCUAUCGGAGGCGAAGAUACGUUCAGCUUUGAAGGGUUGUCGUUUACCAUUCCCGCAGGAAUUAAUCGAUGAUAUGAUAAAGGUUUUAAAUCAAAAUGAUUGUGGUGAAAUUGAAGUAUGUGAUUUUUUGAAUUUCUUGGAUAUGAAUUGUGGCAAGGUGCCGGAUAUAACGCCUGUUAAUAUUGCGUUUGAGCUAUGUCCCAAAAUACCAUUUUUACACAAAGGGCGUUUGAUCAACUUCCAAUGUUUCCUGCAACAUUUGGGCCUGGAUGAAGAUUUGAAAAAGGCCUGUGAUUAGAAA